GUGUUUAACAACAAAGACUCCAAACCAAAACCCGAAGCGAAUUUUUUAGAUCAAACGGGCCAUAGAAAAAGGUGGGGUUUUAUUCCCAGCUGAUCUAUUUAGCACGCGACGGGGGAGGGGAGCAUCUCGCUCGAUUCGCACCUUCUGAAUCGCCCAGCCCCGCGGCCGUGCCACUGGUGGCGGAGCUCGAAUUCGAAUUGGAUUUGCGGCUGCUUCGGUGGGGCUGGAACCUCCCCGUGGGGCGAGGUGAGGAGAGGCGGCGGCGGCGGUUGCGGGGGAGCUCGUCCUCGCACGCCACCAUUGGGCCGGGCGCCGGGCGGGGCGGAGCGGUGGGCGGCCGCUGGCCGCCGUUGCUGGAGGCAGCUCAGGCAGGUUGAUCCAAAUUUGAGCGCCUCGGGUUCGUGGACGAUCUGGGGGCGUGUUUAUGGCCGGCUAGAUCGGGAAUUUUUCAGCUGCUCUGGGUGUGAUGGCAGCUGAUUCCAGCAUGGGGUUUCACCAAGGGAUCACCGCCUCGCUGUACAACCACCACCACAUGCUGUCCUUCCAGUCCAGCAGCGACGUUGGCAUCGGCGGCGACGCUACCAGUGGUGGUAUGGUCAUGGCCCCGAGGAGCGUCAGUGGGAGCAGUAGCAACGCCGGGCUGUUCCUCUCCCCAAAUCCUGGCGUCAUCGGCAACGCGUCGGGGGUUGGCCCAUCAAGGAGCUCGUCGGGGGAUGUGUUCCGAGGUACGGGCUCGCCCAAGUAUAAGUUUGUCACUGGUUCGCCUUCGGAUUGGACUGAUCGUGAGUUGGACAUACUGAAGGAAGGGCUUGCGAGAUAUGCUCGUGAACCUAAUAUCAUGAGGUACAUUAAGAUAGCAGCUAUGCUGCCUAACAGGACCAUCAGGGAUGUUGCGUUGCGAUGCUGGUGGGGUACAGGUAAAGACAGAAGGAAGAAACCUGACGGAUUUUAUAUAGGCAAAAAAAUUAGAGACAUGAAGCCAACCCAGGAUAAAAUGGUUGCAUCACUCCCAAUGGCUAAUUUUCAAUUGGCACCUACAAACAAUGUAACCCCUUUUUCGAUAUCAAUGCAACAUCCAAAUCAACAAAGUCAGGUUCCCAAGGAAGCAGCUGCUGUUGUCGACAGUGCAACCCAGCAUCUUCUGGAGGAAAAUAAUCAAUUGCUCAACCAGAUUGCUGCAAAUAUUGAAACAUUCAAGACAGUGGAGAACAUGGAUCUCUUUCUUCGGACGAGUAGCAACAUCAAAACAAUUUUAAGCAGAAUGAGUGAAACGCCUGGUAUUAUGAGUCAGAUGGCUUCAUUGCCAUUGUCUAUAAAUGAAGACCAUCUAUGCUCGCUUAUUCAACUGAACAGAAUGGUUGUAUCAUAUGGCACACCAAGCAUGUCUCAUCAUACGAAGCAAGAGCCACGAAGCUAAUGUACCAUAUACUGAGGGGAAAAUGAGACGAACCGAUGGCCGGAGCUUCCCCAAUUCUUAACGUGCUGCUAGGAAGCCUUGCAAGUUGUUAUACUGACCAAGCACCAAGGGCCGUCAGUGCUUUCCAGAGUGUUUUUGCAGUGAUAUGAUUGUUUCCAACCCGUCUGCCUGCCUGCCCAACAAUUCUUGAAGCUUUUGGAAGAAGUCUGCAGUUAUGGUACGAGACCCUCAAGGUAUUUGCUGCUGUUUCUGUUGUAUGCAAUAUCCGACAUAUAUACCUGAGUACCAGACACUUGGUCCGGGACUCGGCAAGUGACUGUAAAUAUCGGAUGGCUGGAGGCGUUCCAUGUUUUGUUUCUCUGAUUGCUCAUGAAUGUAUUUCAAUUUUUUGUCCCCUGAAAGGGCACUGCAUUGCUGAUUGCUCCCAGUAUGUACAAUAGCCAUUGUACUAGAAUGGUAGGGGUAGACCAACUCCAUUUUCUGACAAAUUGGAUACUGGAACCCACACCUGUGUUGUCCUGACGAUCCUCA